AAGGUAAACCCGUCAACCGGAAAGUGUCAGACAGCUCCUUUACCUGGCGAUUAUUAUUUUUGGGCCGGAGAAUGGAUUCAUCGCAAACUCCACUUCCCGCUUCCACCAGACCCGCAUGUCGGGAAUGUCGGCGACGUAAGCUUGGCUGUUCAAAGGAGCUACCGGCUUGCAAGGAGUGCAGAAGGCUGGGGGCUGGAUGUGUUUACGAAGCACGCGAGAAACCCGGCUUGAAGCCCGGGGCGGUGGAAAACUUGAAUAGGAGAGUGGACAGGGUUGAGCAACUGUUGCAGCAGUUGCAGCAACAAACUGAGUCAGCUCAGAGCUCUGGGUAUGCGCCAAGCCCUGCGUGGCGUAAUGGCGACGACCACAGGCCGCGAGAAGCUUCCGAGCUCUUGCAAUUAUUCGAAAGGGAAAUGAGAGAGUUUAAAAUUAUGAAUAAUCGUCGAACCACUGCCUCAUCUCAAGGCCCAACUCAACCAGAGGGCCAAUUGGUAGAAGGCCUUAAGCGGUCAGCUGAGUUCUCACCUCGCCAUCAAGCAAAACGGAGGCGCUUGAUAUCAGAAGGAAAUUUCAAUUGGGGAGAACUAGUAUUGUGUUCAGAUUCCCUGGACAAGCAAUCUUCUGCAUACUUGCUGGAUGGCGUCUUGGACAACUACUUCUCCCAGGUCCAUCCGUGGCUUCCCAUGCUGCACGAGAACAGUUUCCGACAGCAACUCGCGGAACAAGUAUAUGAUGAAAAUAUCGAGGCAAUCUUGCAUGCUAUGGUAGUUGCAGCGGUGAGGUUGGUCAUACGUCCGGAUACACCGGCAAGCAUUAGGCGCACAUUGAAGUUGACAAAGCGCUCCCGAGACUGGGUACUGCUCCAUGCAUUUGGCUCGUUAUCGGUCGAGAACCUUCAGGCUCUGCUCAUUAUUGCCUUUGACUAUAUCGGAAGAGGCGAGGCGAACAGCGCAUGGUCGAUCGUGGGCUCUCUUACCCGCACCGUGGAAUAUCUCCAACUGAGUGUCGAGGUUGAUGAUACUGACGAGCAACCAUUACUCAAGCCAUGUCCUAUUGUUCCAUCAUGUAAAGACUGGACCGAGACGGAGACAAGGCGAAGAGUGUUCUGGAAUAUUUUCAAUAUGGAUCGGCUAUGUUCAGUCAUGACAGGGUGGAACACCAGCCUCACAUCCGACGAUGUUCAUCGAAGGCUUCCAGUAGACGGUGUCCUAUGGCGGAAGAGAGAAGCGGUAACAGCCCCUUACUUUGGUAUAUGGGAUAAGUCGGCUGGAAGGAUAGGAAACUCCAUCGCGUACUUAACAACACAAUACCCCACUCUUGCGCAGAGCCCCGAAGAGGAGCACCAGAGCCCGGGAUCGAUGUCGAAUUUUGGUCAGAACAAUAAUACCGAGGCGAUGUCAUCCGUCGGAGCGUUCGCCUAUUGCAUUGAAGCCACUGAGUCUAUGAGUCGCGUUACGACCUAUUUCCUUCAACAAAAAGUAAACCUUUCGGACCAAAAACAGAUUGGUAGCUGGUUGAUGAGGUUCAAAGAGCUGGAUUUGCGACUUGUACACUGGAAGAUGUUUUUGCCAGGAAAAUGGAAGGAUACCAACAUCUCACGACGACCAACCGAGAUUAUAAUGGAUCCCAACUUAACGCUCGCACACAUCACACACAACGCUUCUAUGAUACUAUUGCAUCAGUUGAUUGCGUAUCCCCCGGAGAACUGGGACUGGGCAACCCGGCUUCCAAGCCGUUGCAGCGCGGAUACGUGUCAAACUGCAGCUCUAGAGACGUCGAGUAUAACAGAAAAAUAUCUUUGGAGUCCAACGACUAGCAAAAUAGUCAACAGCCAAUUCACCUUCUGUGUAUUUCUCGCAGCGAGAGUGUUACUGGUUCACUGGAGAUAUUAUGAGGAUAAACAUCCCCUCCCCGAAUUUUUCAAGCUUAUCGAAAGCCUCGAUGCUCUCUCUAAUCGAUGGGAAGGUUCCCCGAGACUAAACACUACAGGCCACGCGAACCUAGCUGCUAAAUAUGCAGGCUUGCUUCGCCGCAUGCAUGAGAAAUGCGUAAACGACGUGGGCUUUCGAAUUGGUGUUCUUGCCUACGCCAAUGAACUGGGAGUCGACAGUAUCAAUAGUCCCCAAGUGGUUAACAUAGACCAAGAAGACUCCAGUGACGAGGAAGAUAUCAUUGAAAGGACGGAAGAAAACAGCCAACGACGGUCAAUGAAUGAACCUAACCACGUCCAAAAUCCAGAGGUCCAAGACGUAGCUAAGAGCGAGGACCAAGCUGCCAGCGGAUAUCAAGCCAACGGCUCAAGUAGGACGGCAGGGCGCGAGGGGACAUUCCCACCGACCGGCGAGCUGCGAACACCAAUAAGCAUCGAUCCAACACCAGUUCAACUUCCUGUCAGUCAACAGCAAUACCCCUUAAUGCAGCGACCGAAUGUCUCGGUGAUGCAGGGAAACGAUAUAGUCCCGGAUGAGUUCACAUAUAUCUCGCAAAUGUUCCUCAACCAACAAUUUCUGGAUAGAGAUCGGGUCAUUAGUUACGAUGAGGGAAUGUUCGCGGCAAAUAUGGAUGGAUGGGAAUAAGGUGGUCAAUUGUUGAUGAUGAUUCAGUGUAUCUAUAGUUCUAAGUAAAUGUUCAACUUCAGGGCAAUCCCAACCAAUGUGUUUGCAGCCCCGCU